AACAGCUGACAAACUCCAUAAAUUGACAACCGGCAACGUUAGUUCAAACCUGUUAACCAUUUUCCUUCCAACACGACAUGAAUUUUUCUGGAAAAGUUGUUCUUAUUACUGGAGCCAGCUCUGGAAUUGGUGCUGCAACGGCACAAGAAUUUUCCAAACUUGGAGCGCAGUUGGUUUUGGUUGGACGCAAUGUGGAAAAACUUCAGGAGACAGCGGCAAAAUGCCUCAAUCCAGAAAGUCAUUUGCAAAUUAAGGCUGAAAUGACCGAUGAAAAUGAUGUCCAACGGAUUAUCAAGGAGACCCUGGAGAAGUUCCAGAGAUUAGAUGUUCUGGUCAAUGCCGCAGGCAUCAUCGAAAAUGGCACCAUAGAAAAUACUUCAUUGGAGCAAUUCGAUCGUGUCAUGAAUACAAAUGUACGUUCCCUCUAUCAUCUGACCAUGCUGGCAGUGCCUGAACUGAAAAAGACCAAAGGAAAUAUUGUGAACAUUUCCAGUGUCUGUGGUUUGCGUUCAUUCCCCAAUGUUUUGGCCUAUAACAUCUCCAAGAGUGCUGUUGAUCAGUUUACUCGUUGUGUGGCACUGGAAUUGGCUGCGGCUGGGGUGAGGUGUAACUCCGUGAAUCCAGGUGUUAUUGUCACAGAGCUACAUAAACGUGGUGGUAUGGACGAGGAAGCCUAUCAAAAGUUCUUGGAACAUUGUAAGGCCACACAUGCCUUGGGUCGGGCCGGUGAAGUGGAUGAAGUAGCCGGGGUUAUAUGUUUCUUGGCCAGUGAUAAGGCUAGCUUUAUAACCGGUGUUAAUAUGCCGGUGGAUGGUGGUCGUCAUGCCAUGUGUCCAAGAUAAAUGAAAAGAUUUUGUGUAUUUGUUUGUAAAUAUGUAUGUUUUGUCAAAUAAACGCAUGUUUGUAUGUAA